AAAAUGUACUAAAAAAUUAAAUAGCUUUUUUUUCGCAAUAUGCUUAAAAGGUUUACUUAAAUUUAAUAAUGUUGUACUAUUAUUAAUAUUAUUAUUAUUUAAGCUCUUUUAUAGAAGUCUUGCUUUUGAAGUUAUAGCUAACUAACAUAUCAAAACAGGGAGAGGAUAAUUUCAAGCCGACCCUCAAUGAUCUAAUGGCAAAAAAUUACAUUUAAAAACAAAAUAUAGUAUUUUUUUCUCAUUUAACUCUUCCUAACAGUAGAGGGCGCACUUGUCCUAAUCUUUUGCCCACGAGCCGUCAUUUCCGCACACAUGGUCGUUGGUAGUUAUGGUUACGGAAGGCUUCGGUUUCGGAGCUUUGUUUCCGGAUGCUGUGGCCGCGGAGUCGUGGAUGUUAAAAGUAUGAGGCUUUGGUAAAGUGUCAGUGACGGAGUUUGAGUUUUAAAAAUUCUAUCCGUGUUUUAGAAACUACGGUUAAAUGGCCUCUUAUACGCACGAAGAGUUUGAACUCAGCCAGAAACACGAAGAUAUACUGGGGAAAAGAGCAUUACUGCUGCAGCAGAUGGAAGCGCACUAUGAACAGCAGAAGGCUAAGAAAAAACAGCAGUAUCUGAAGUCUCAAGCGGCGAAGGAGAGAAAUGCUCAGAUCCUUGAGGAUUUACAGAAUGCUGAAGAAAAUCUUCAAACCAGACAGCUGCUUCACCCAGAUAUUAUUAACCUUGAGACUUGUUAUUGGGCCUCAGUUGAGCGGAAACUACCAGAAUGGGAGCAGUAUUUGCUUGGGAAAGGACGACCACCGACGAGAGAGACUGAGAGAUUGCUUAGACAACAGAAACCGAAAACAAGACAAGAUCCCUCCACCGCACAAGGCAAGGGCAAACCCCCUCGACCCAAACCUAGAUGAGCUGUCUGAUGUGUGUAGCUUUACUUUUGUUUUGUUUUUUUGUAAAUGUGUGUCAUAUAUUUGAUUUUACUGUACAAGCAAAUACAGAAUAAAUGUGUUCACUGCAUACCGCAUUAACGUUUGCAUACACAAAUGCAUCCACAUGGGGGCAAUACUGACUGCGUUUUCCAUAACUACACCGCUCUCUUUUCUUCUGCGAAUCGAGAAAUAAUCACUUGUAAAAAUCUGCUGUGAUUUACAAUGAAUGACGCAAAUUGUAUGGCGUUUUUGACGAUACUUAAAAAUGAGUUCAGAUUAGUUGUUUCUUUUACAAGUAAAAAAAUGAUUAUCCAAAUAGUGUCAAAUAAUAAAAGUUUUCAA